UGUAAUUUUCUCGAUAGGUUGAAUUGUAAAUAAAAUUGUCAAUUCUUACCCAGCAACAAUAUAAUCAAAUAAUUCUACCGAUAGUACAUACGUGGAGGUACAGAUAGUUCGUUAGUCAAGUGAUAACAUAAAUUAAAGCUUGUUUAUACAGUUCUGAAUGGAAAAUAAGUCAUAUCUUUCCACAACUCCGUUACAACUAGACCGAUGAGUCGUUUACUUUGCCGCACUGUUUUUACUCUGCGUUUAAAGCUGCCAUUAUCCCGUAACAUGUCUGCCUACUUGAUUGACGAUCCCAAAUAUUCUUUCUUAAAAGAUUUGGGCUUGGAGAAGAAGAAUGUUGGUGUUUUUAAUGGAAAAUGGAAUGCUAAUGGCCAGGUAAUCCAGUCAAUCAGUCCGGCUAAUGGUAAAGUGAUAGCCGAAGUUCAAGGAGCAAGUGCAUCUGACUACGAGGCUUGUGCAGCGGCCGCGCAGGAUGCCUGGCACUCUUGGGCGGACCUGCCCGCGCCCGCCAGAGGGGAAAUAGUCAGACAAAUCGGAGAUGCACUAAGGGAAAAACUACAGCCAUUGGGACAGUUGGUCUCCUUGGAAAUGGGGAAAAUUCUUCCCGAGGCUGUUGGCGAAGUAGUGGAGUAUAUCCACGUGUGUGAUUUGGCAUUGGGCCUUUCUCGGUCUCUGCCGGGAACCGUGUUCCCUUCGGAGCGUCCGGGACACAUGCUGAUAGAGAAAUGGAACCCACUUGGCGCCAUUGGUAUCAUAACAGCGUUCAAUUUCCCAGUAGCCGUAUUUGGAUGGAACAGCGCUAUUGCUAUGAUUUGCGGAGAUACCAGCGUAUGGAAACCAUCUGAUACCACGCCAUUGGUCGCCGUUGCGGUCACCAAGAUAGUGGAAAGUGUACUCAAGAGGAAUGAUAUCCCCGGGGCCGUGGCGGCGCUUUGUGUUGGCGGGAAAGACAUCGGCCAACAGUUGGUACAAGACCCGAGAAUGAAACUAGUUUCUUUCACUGGCAGUACUGCCGUUGGUCAACAAGUGGGCAUGGAAGUUCAGAAGAGGUUCGGACGCCACCUAUUGGAACUGGGCGGCAACAAUGCAAUUGUGGUGAACGAAGACGCUAACGUCGACCUGCUGGUGUCGGCGGCGUUGUUCGCAUGCGCCGGCACCGCGGGGCAGAGGUGCACCACCACGCGUAGGAUGUUUAUACAUAAGAAGCUGUACAAAGAAGUGGUGUCAAGAUUGGCAAAAUCUUUCGCUGGAGUUGUGAGCAAAAUCGGAGAUCCCUUGGAGGCGAAUUCACUGAUAGGGCCGCUGCACACGGCGGCCGCUGUGGAGGCCUAUAAGAAGACCGUCGCAGAAGCCUUGAAACAAGGAGGAAAGAUAGAAUUCGGUGGCAAGGUUAUCGAACGGGCGGGAUAUUUCGUGGAGCCGACGAUAAUCACAGGUCUGGCGCAUGACUCGCCGCUAGUGAAGACCGAAUGCUUCGCGCCCAUCGUCUACUGCAUCGAAAUCCCCGACCUUGACACCGGCAUCAAAUACAACAACGAAGUCGAUCAGGGUCUCUCUUCCAGCUUGUUCACUGAGAAUAUGGGCAACGUAUUUAAGUGGAUCGGUCCGCACGGGUCUGACUGCGGCAUCGUGAACGUAAACAUCCCUACGAACGGCGCGGAGGUGGGCGGCGCUUUCGGCGGCGAGAAGGCGACAGGCGGUGGGCGCGAGUGCGGCUCCGACGCAUGGAAGGCCUACAUGCGCCGCUCCACCGUCACCAUUAACUGCUCCGGCGCCAUCAAACUCGCUCAAAACAUUCAGUUCGGCGACGAAUAAUAUUCCCACAUACAUGAUUCUCUUCCCGUCCCAUUCUUAUUUUAUAUACUCUUUGGUCCCAUUGGUCAUUAGAAUAAAAUAAUCCUUAUACUAUAUACUAUGCAAGUCAAUCUUAUUACAUUUCAAAAGUAUGCAAAUUGUGAUUUCUUAUAAAAACAACUCAAGUAACGUAUCCAUUGUAACGUAGUCUGGUAUCCGCAUUGAUUCGUCUCAGACUGAACGUCGUGGGUCUACAAGGUUACGGGUGUUGAUUCGUGGUUGCGUUACGUAGAUUGUAUUUGUAUACCUAGGACCGCGUACAUACAACACGCGAGAAUUCUCGACAGGGCUGGGACCGCGGGGCUCGCCGGUAACACGGUGCGGUGAGCGUUGGCUAAGUGGCCGCGGUCUACGGACGGACCCUACCCGCCUAAACCGGGUGGGGUACGCCUUAGUAUGCGUAUCAAGGUUGACGACACAACCCUGAUGCCAAUGCCAUUGAAAUUUGCUAAAAUGUGUAUUCGUUUACAGCUGUUAUUUAUGAAGACUGAUUGUAUCAUUAUAAAUAAAAAUAUAAUACCUUCCUAAGUUUUAA